AUGUCUUCCACCGAGAGCAUUCCAGCUCCCGGUAAGUGGCCUGUCGACCCUCAACAAGACGUCCCAAUCAGCGACGACCGUGUCUGGGUCGAUGGAUGCUUCGACUUUGCCCACCACGGCCAUGCCGGUGCCAUGCUCCAGGCUCGCCGUCUAGGGACCGAACUUCUUGUCGGCGUGCAUUCGGAUGAGGCCAUCCUCGAAAACAAGGGGCCUACUGUCAUGACUCUGGACGAACGCUGCGCUGCUGUUGAUGCAUGCCGCUGGGCUACCAAGUCCAUUCCUCACGCCCCUUAUGUUACUUCUCUACCAUGGAUCUCUCACUACGGUGCCAAGUACGUCGUUCACGGCGACGACAUCACUUCGGACGCAAACGGCUACGACUGCUAUAGAUUUGUCAAGGAGGCUGGCCGUUUCAAGGUCGUCAAACGCACUCCUGGUAUCAGCACAACCGACCUUGUUGGACGCAUGUUGCUAUGCACAAAAUCACACUUCAUCAAGGAUCUCGACGCUCUACUAGAAGGUCAGGAGGGUCCGGGCGGUCAAGAGGAGAGAAAAGGCACAGGAGAAGACAUGAAGGAGAGAAUCAGAGAAUACGCGACCGACGAGUCUGGCAACAACCCUCUAGUCGAGGUCUGGAGUUGGCGUUCUGCUCACUCCAACCAACAGGCCUUCCACCAGAAUGGCUCUUUUCUGAAGAAGGUCAACGGAACUUCUCCACAACCUGACCAGAAGGUCGUCUACGUCGACGGCGGCUUUGACCUCUUCUCCACUGGUCACAUCGAGUUCCUCAAGCAAGUCGUAGAGACUGAAGAGAAGGAGGCCAAGCAAAAAGGAUGGAACAAGGAGUACAGCCCUGUCUACGUCGUUGCAGGCGUGCACAGCGACGAAGCCAUCAACGACUACAAGGGCAUCAACUAUCCCAUCAUGAACAUCUUUGAGCGUGGUCUCUGCGUUCUGCAAUGCAAGUACAUCUCCUCCCUCAUCUUCAUGGCACCCACAGUGCCCAGCAAAGGCUUCCUCGAAUCACUACCCUACUCCGUGCAAGCAGUCUACCACGGACCCACUGUGUCAGCACCUCCAGGCCAAGACUUUUACACGGAUGCAAAGGAAAUGGGUAUCUUCAAGGAAAUCACAUCACACCCAUACUCGCAUGUCAAUGCAGACUCGAUCGUAGCUCGCAUUCUUAAGAGCAGAGAGCUAUACGAAGAGCGUCAGCGUGUCAAGGGAGUCAAAGGCAUUGGCGAAGAGGCAGUGCGCAGAAGAGAAGAAAUGGAGAGGGAAAAGGCCGAGAAGGACAAAGCUGCGCUUGCAUGA